ACAUUACAAGUCAGUACAGGUUCGCAAGUCGCCGCGAGUGCACUUCUUCCGUGAUUGUGCUUUUGGAACAGGAUUUUAAUAAAUAUGGAAUGGGAUAAAGAGAAAGUUCUAUUAUUUAUUGACAAAUACAGAGAUAAAGAAAUACUGUGGGACCCCACGCACGGAGAUCACUUCAAUAAGUUUAAAAAAAACGAUGCGUGGGUAGAAUUAUCCGAGGAUAUGAAUAUAACGGUUGAAGAGGCCAAGAAAAAAAUUACCAGUUUACUUGCCUCACUAAGAAGAGAGAAGGCUAAAAUAAAGAACAGCACUGGAACGGGCAAAGGUGCCGACGAAAUCUAUACUAGUACAUGGUUUGCAUUUAAACCAUUACUAUUUGUGUUGGACCGAAAUAAACCACGAAAUACAAAUGAUACGUUAAACCCCGAUGAAGAAAGCGAGCAACGUGGUGCGACCGUGGAUACAGUUUUGGACAACGGGUCACAUACCGAGCGACCGAUUCAUGUCGCUAAAAAAAAGAAAAAAGCAGUCAUGGAUCCCGAGGAAAUAAUGGCUUCUACAUAUGACAUUUUAAAAAAGACGUCAAGCGAGAAAAGUUCGAAAAGUUUGGACGAGUGUGACAGCUACGGAGCUUUCAUUGCAAACAAAUUGAGAUCGUACUCUAACCAGACCAGAAACUACGUACAACACCAUAUUUCAAAUAUUUUAUUCAAUGCUGAUCGGGGACAAUAUGAACCCAACUAUGGUUACGGUUAUUCGACUCGUCAAGGCUAUUUUUCUACACCUGGACCAAUUCAAACUCAUUCUACAAGAACAACAACUUCGCAGCAAUACAAUUAUUCCACACCUUCACCUCAAAUGUCGGAUUGCAGUCAAGAUAGUGCUGGAUUACAACGCCCAGAUACUCACACCCUCACUUCAGCCCGCAAUUAUUCGUCACCUUCACCUCAAAUGUCGGAGUGCAGUCAAGAUACUGCUGGAUUACAACGUCCAGAUACUCACACCCUCACUUCAUCCCAACGCAAUUAUUCCUCACCUUCACCUCAAAUACCGGAGAACAGUGAAGAAACUGCCAGGUUCUUGCGAGAAUUUGGCGACUUGAUUGAUUAGAUAUAUAGAAUGUGUAAGUCUUGGUUUCCUAUUUUCAAAUUACAUUUUUAAAUAAAAAAUAACUAAAGCA